CAGCUGCCCUCCCUGCCCUGCCUUUGGAGCUUACUGUCCUCUACAACUCCUUGCUUUUUACUAUGGGAGCAUCUGAUUCUGCCAUCAAAGAAGCAGCAGAAGGAAUAUGCCAGGGCCUCCUCAGGGUUCUGGAGGCUUGUGGGGCAUGUGGGCAGGAUCUUAGCACUGAGGAGCUGUGGCAGAAGGUGCUGCAGGAGGUAACUGUGGAGGAUCUGCAGGCACCUUUGCACCGACUGGGGGCCCUGCAAGCAGCGUGGUGGCUGGCAGACAGCCGUCUGGGAAGUACUGCUGGCCUCUUCAGGCUCCUGAGCAAAGCUGAGGACUCAGGAAGAGCUCGCUGCAGCGAGGGGGAGAAUGAACUCCUCUCCCUGCUGAAGGCAUGGCAAGUACCUGCUGAGGAGGCCUCCCUGCCCCUUGUACAAAGUGCCAAGGACUUGAAAGAGAUCCUGUGCACUGCAGCAGCCUUCCUGCAAGGGAUGCAGGAGCUGGAGGCUGGGAACUUCCCCACCGCUCUCUCACUCCUUCAGGAGGCUGCGGGAGGAUUCUGCUCCAAGAUGGUCCUGUCCCAGAUCUACACCUGCCUCGGUUGCUGUGCUCAGCGAAUGGGCAAGCCUCAGACAGCCCUUCAGCACCUGAAACGGGCCCUCCAGGUGGACUUCCAGUGCCUUCCUGCCCUGUCCCACGUGGCAGCAGUGUACCACCAGCUGGGGAAGACUGAUGCGGAGCUGCAGGCCCUGGCUCUGCUGUAUGAGGCUCUACAAAAAACCCCUCCAGCAGCUGCUUCCUCUAGUCCACAUUUCCUAAUCCGAACAGAGCUCCUUGUCCACACACCAAUACUAGCUUCUCUCCUUCGCCACCACCACCCCUCUGAAGUGAAGUACCUGCUGGCACAGCGGUGUCUCCAGGACGGGAGGGUGGCUGAUGCAGUAGAACAUUACCUGGAUUUUCUGGCUCUGCUUCAGGAGGGGCCGCAGCAGCAGGUGCCCCUAGAUGGUGACUCACCUCUGCCCAGGAUCCCUGAAGUGUUCCUGGAAGCAGCAUCUGCCUUGGAGCAGGCUGGGGGGCACCACGAUGCUAUAACGCUGUGCGAGGAGGUCAUCAGCCGGACAACUGACCUGAUCCCACGGAUGUUACGAGUGGAGGAGAGGCUGCAGCAGCCGGAAUGCCCACUGCCAGGGACAGGGCUGUCCCAGCAGAAGGAGAGUCUGUGCUGCCUUGCCUGGAGAGCAGCUGGAUACCUGCACCAAGGCUGGGCAUGGGCCACGCUGGGUGAGAGCAAGGAGGCCAUAAUGCAGUUCAGCAGGUGCCUUGGUGAUCUCUUGCGAGUCCAGAUCUAUGGUACUGCAGAGAAUCUCCUGCCAGAAGUGGAGGUGCUCCAGAAGAUCAGGUUGCUCUCCCUCAUUGGGAGAGGUACGCAGUUCCUGGAGCUGGGGAAGCACACGGAGGCCUUGUUGGAUUUCCAGCACAGCUUGCAGAUCUCGCCAGGUGACCCAGCUGCCACUCCCUACCUGGUGCAGGCUCUGUGGAAGCUGGACCGAAAGCAGGAGGCAGCAGCCCUAUGGCAGAAGUUCUCCCAGACCCCCCCCGGGGAGGAGGGGCAGGGAAGGCCUGUCCCUCUCUACCUGGCGUCCUGUGUGCAGCGGGCAGCCUUCCCAGGCCACGAAGCCCUUGCCAGGAGCAUUCGGGAUUACCUCGGGACCCCAAACGGGGACUCCGCCAGCUGACCCGCCCCCAUCCCCGCAGUUCCUCCUGGGUGAAGCCGUAUUCCCGAAGGAUUGGCGCAGACCACAUCCCCUUUUUCGAAUAAAAACCUCCUUUUAACGUUUUUCUGUGCCCUUUUUCCAGAGCGAGACUUUGAAGUCCCGGCCGCGGAGCUGCUCUCAGCCCCGAGGAUGUGCUCUGUGUCCGUGGGGGACCCCUUGACACCCCCUGAUCCUUCCCCCCUGCCCCGCGGCCGUGACUACGCGUGGGACCCUGCCGGCUGGGCCCCGCCCCGCCCCGCCCCCCGAGCUCCCGCCUCCCGCAGCUUCUGAUUGGCUGGAGCUCUGGCUCCCCUUUCCUGCAGCGCUAGCCAAUCGCCAGGCGAGGUUAACCCGGAUGGCCGGCGGGGCGGGGCUUCACGCCCGGAUUUUCCCAUUGGUAGGUUUUUGCCCCUGUUGCCCGGUAGAAGAGCCGCGGCAGGAGCGGCGCCGCGAUUGGCUGGCGGGUGUCGCGCUUGGCUCAUGACGAUUGGGCAGGGCGAAGCAGAGGGGCGGGGCGGAGAAGGCAGAG